CCAUCUGGGAAUGUCACUGUUUGUUGUGUCUGUCCCUCUGGGGCUCAGGUGCCUUGGAAGGCUCUUGGAAUCAGUGGCUGCAUCAAGUGCCAGACAUUAAAAUUGGGUUAAUUCCUGGCUGAUUGCAGGGCCAUCCACCAGAACUAUGAGCAACUGUUUCUGGGGUGUGUUGCAAAACCCUCUGCAAACCCCUGUGCUCAGCGUGGGGGAAGAGGAUCUGCUCCAACCCACUUCCUUGGCCUUUCCAAGAGGGCCCUUCCAAGGGGAGAGCCUUCCAAGUUGUCCCAGGAGCUCGGUGGGGAGCCCAUAAUUCGCUCAGGGCUCCUUGGAGCUUGGAAUUUAAGCCUUGGGGAAGGAGCAGCUCCUCUGGGAAUUGAAGGGGUGGGUGUAUUCCAGCAGAAGCACAUCCAAAGCUGUUAAAGGGGCUGUGUAGGGAAUAGGUGGCUGGUUUUCCGUGGUGUGCUAGGAUUGGGUUUCCUGCCUGCUGGUUGAUCCCUUUGCAAGGCCUCUGCAGCCCAAAACUUGGGCUUUGGGUUUGUCUGUGGGCUGAAUGGAAUUCCUGGCUGUGGUGUUUGUGCUGGUGCUGUGAAAUGAGUGCUGUGCUGCCUUCCCUGGGUUGAGCUCAGGGGACAGCACAGCCUCCCUCUCUCAGGGACAGGCCUUGUUCCCAAAUCCUGGAGGCUUGGCCAAGGGCUCUCUCAGCCUGUGAGGAGCUGCAGGAACGACUGGAGUAAGCAGGAGGUGCUGCUGAUGGGUAAAAGUGGGUCUGGGAAGACCAGCAUGAGAUCCAUCAUCUUUGCCAACUACAUCGCCCGGGACACGCGGCGCCUGGGGGCCACCAUUGAUGUGGAGCAUUCCCAUGUCAGAUUCCUGGGAAACCUGGUGUUAAACCUGUGGGACUGUGGAGGGCAGGACACCUUCAUGGAGAACUACUUCACCAGCCAGAGGGACAACAUCUUCCGCAACGUGGAGGUUCUCAUCUACGUGUUCGACGUGGAGAGCCGCGAGCUGGAGAAGGACAUGCACUACUACCAGUCCUGCCUGGAGGCCAUUCUGCAGAACUCCCCCGAUGCCAAGAUCUUCUGCCUGGUGCACAAGAUGGACUUGGUGCAGGAGGACCAGCGGGAUCUGAUUUUUAAGGAGCGUGAGGAGGACUUGAAACGCCUCUCCCGGCCCUUGGAAUGUGUUUGUUUUAGAACCUCCAUCUGGGAUGAAACCCUUUACAAGGCCUGGUCCAGCAUCGUGUACCAGCUGAUCCCCAACGUGCAGCAGCUGGAGAUGAACCUGAGGAACUUUGCUCAGAUCAUUGAGGCAGAUGAAGUGCUGCUGUUUGAGAGAGCCACGUUCCUGGUCAUCUCUCACUAUCAGUGCAAAGAGCAGAGGGAUGUCCACAGGUUUGAGAAAAUCAGCAACAUCAUCAAACAAUUCAAGCUGAGCUGCAGUAAGCUGGCAGCCUCUUUCCAGAGCAUGGAGGUCAGGAACUCUAACUUUGCUGCUUUCAUUGACAUCUUUACAUCCAACACAUAUGUGAUGGUGGUGAUGUCAGACCCUUCCAUACCUUCCGCGGCCACGCUGAUCAACAUCCGCAAUGCCAGGAAGCACUUUGAGAAGCUGGAGAGGGUGGAUGGCCCAAAGCACAGCCUGCUCAUGCGCUGAGCCCAGCCUUUGGGGGCAGGAAGCGUGGAUUGGGACUACUUUUUAGGAGAAUCUAACACUGUCGAUGUCUUUGUUGGGCUUUAUGAGUGUGCUGCUUUGUUUUCUCUCCUUUCACGUCGGACACUAGAGGCUCAGAGGAUGUCUGGAUACACUGCGGACCUUCAGAGCCUUCCCUGGCACCCGUGGGCUUGGGAAGGAGGCAGGACAGGUGAUGUGCCCAUGGGCUGGUGCUCCCAGGUGGAUGUUUGGCUGCCAGGAGGAUAUUUUAAGUCCCAGGAAUAUGGAGUAUUUACUGGUUUCUUGGUCGGUUGCUGGAAUAAGUUUAUAAAUUUCUCCUUAUCUUCGGUCAUGAAAAUAAAUUUUUGCUACCAGGGAUUUCAGAUCCUA